CACACACACACACACACACACACACACACUCUCUCUCUCUCUCUCUCGUCGCUCAAUACCCACAACACCGCCAAAAUGACAUACCAACAAGAGAUCGUCCAGAAGCAGGGAUUUCGCAAGCGGUGGCCCAUCCUCUGCUUCUGCCUCGCAGCCAUGUUCUUCAUUAUCGGCGGCGGUCUCCUCGGUGCCUGGGUAAACAGCGCAGCAAAUGACCAAUGCACCGUCUCCACCAACGAUUCCAACAGCUUCAACGACUCCGUCGCCUAUUCAGACUGCCGUCCCAAGGGCGCGCUUUGGGAUGCUGGUAUCGCUUGUUUAGCUCUCGGCGUCAUCUUCAAGAUCGCCUUCUGGAUUACCCUGAUCAUCUGGUGCGUCAAACGCCGCAGUGCGAGAACGGUCGUCUACGUCAAUGCUCCUUCUGGACCUCAGCAGUAUGAGCCAUACCGCGGUGCUGCUUAGAGAGGCGAUUGAGUGGUGGAUUAAUGGGUGAGGCUUUGUUUUGGAGGGGGAGCAAGAUAUCCGGGUGUUGGGAAUUUGGAUGCGGGUUUGCAUCGAAUCAUGUAUAUGUACAAGGCCACGUGAUGGUUGGGGGGGGGGGGGGGG